AUCACAUGUAUAUACUGUAUUUUAUACCAUCUAUUGCACCUUGCCUAUGCCGUUCGGCCAUCACUCAUCCAUAUACUUACAUGUACAUAUUCUCAUUCACCCCUUUAGAUGUGUGUGUAUUAGGUAGUUGUUGGGGAAUUGUUAGAUUAAUUGUUAGAUAUUACUGCACUGUCAGAACUAGAAGCACAAGCAUUUUGCUACACUCAACGUUAACAUCUGCUAACCAUGUGUAUGUGACAAAUAACAUUUGAUUUGAAUUGAUCAGCAGUACAAUUUGUUUGGCAAUGUGAUUGGGUCAGGCAUUCCACCCAUUUCCACUGUUAUUUUCUUGCUGUCUGAGCGGGUGGCAGGUAUUACAGAAUGGAAGCUCAGGCGUGUAGUGUCAGGACUCUGGGAGAAUGGGAGCAAGGUUGGAAAGAGAGAGAUUGGCUUUCAGUACUUACUUUAUCUUUUCAUAUUACCGCAUCUCUAUCUGUAGUUCUCAAGGAAUUACAGAGUGUAAUAAUUAAAGACGUGACUGUCAUCUGAAUAGGCUUAUUGUGUGAAAUGACUGAGAUGCCUUUCACUGCCCUUUUCAGUGGUACAACAUUGCUAAUUUUUCUUAUGUAAUAGGAUGUUGGAGAGUUAUAUUGACAAGGUUCUCUGUGGACGGAAGGGAGUCCGGUUUUUCUUCCCACUAUGUGGGAAAGCUGUUGAUAUGAAAUGGCUUGCAGAUAUGGGACACCCAGUUGUUGGUGUGGAUAUAGCUGAGAUGGGUAUCAGGCAAUUCUUUGAAGAUCAGAAGUUGAUCUACAGUGAAGAAGUGGUCCCAGCAAUACCUGGUGCCAAGGUUUACAAGGUAGGAAGAAGACCAUGCACUUCGGUUCGCAUCCUGAGGGCCAAACUCGUUUGCGUGUCCAUCCUUCCAUCUACUCCUUUUGUGGAUCAUAUUGAUUAUGCCUUAACUGAAAAGUUCAGAUGGAAAGAUAUCCUUGUACCAGUGUGACCAAUACAAAUUCUCCAGGUAAAGAUCAUUUGAACAGUAACCCAUUUCCCUGUAUUUCUUAUGUAAAAGGGUAACAUAUUUUUCUAAAACUAUGAACGUUUGUUUUUUAAGUACCAUUGAGCCACAGAGGCUCCUUGGUAGCCAUCAAUCCACGGGAAUCCUCUGAGAUUCAACAAGAAAGCACAGAUUGUUUUGACACAAGUUAUGUCUGUAACCAGGGGCGAAAAUCUGAUAUCAACUUUGGAGGGGACAAUUACAUUACAUUUUCUCAAGAGCAAUUCCUGAGGGGGACACCAAAAGUAGUGCUGUAACACAUAGCCUAUGUUUAAUAUGGUAAAUGUAUAUUGAGGAACCAAAGAAAUAAGGUGUUUG